CGGUAUAAAAAAUUAGUAAAGAUAAAGAAGCGUGUGGAAAAAGACGAUUUGACCCUUACUUUCCAAACAAAGAAAGACAGGGCUUGCUUGCUCAUUCGGUCCAUUUCUAAAAAAUUGUCAAUGUCGAACAGAGACUCAGAUCACCGGGAAGACGACCUUCAGUCAAUAAUCCUCGAGCAACGCCGCGAGCUCAUGGCGGCGCAAGCCCUAGACUCCGACCUCGACUUCGCCUUCCAUCUCCAACUCCAAGAAGCCCUCGCCGCCUCUCUCGCCCUCCAACCUUCCACUUCUACUUCCACUUCCUCAAUUCCCGAACCUCACCACACCUCCACCACCACCACCACAGAAAACGGCGGCGUUUCGAGCUUCACUGUUCUCCAAUCCGACGAACUGGAGAAAUUGGUGCAAGAAGUGAAGGACCGGGAAGCGAGCGAGUUGGAGAUGCGGAGAGUGAGGGAAGAUCUCAACCGUUGGAUCCACGACGAGAAAUUCGCGCGCGAGAUACUGAGAAUUCCGGAAGAUGACUGGAACGAGUGGGGCGACAAUUACGAAAAGCCCCUCCCCGGCGAGGGUUGCUCGAAAUCGAAACCAGUGGCGGACAACAACAACGACGCCGUUUUCAGAAUUUACACGAAAGGCUUGGUGAGCGUGGAAGAGAUUAGGGGUGUGAAAACUGCGUUGGCGGGAAUAGGCGUGGCGAUCUGCGAUCCGAAUGAUAAUGUGAUAUUCCAAGUGAGGAAACCACUUGUUGGAAAUGGAAUGAGCAAGAAUGCUGCGGAGGCCAAAGCUUUGAUCGAUGGCUUAAAUGCUGCUAUCGCUUUGGAGUUGAAGCGUGUCACUGUUUAUUUCGACUACAACCCGCUUUACCAAUUUGUUAGUGGAAGAUGGCCACCAAAGCAGCGCAAGAUUGCAGUGCUAGUAAAUCAGGUGACUCUUCUCCGAAAAAAUUUUAUGUAUUUCAACCCCAAGCUUGUGGCACGGAAUGAUGUUAAAUUUGCGUUUAAACUUGCAAAAGAUGCAAUAGUGUCUCAGGUUACCAGACCUGCAGAAUCUAGCCAUGGAAAUAAUCUAAAUGAGGCUUGUGUAAUUUGUUUGGAAGAUGCUGAUGUCAGUCAGAUGUUCUCGGUUGAUGGCUGCCUACACCGGUAUUGCUUUUCUUGUAUGAAACAGCAUGUUGAGGUGAAGCUGCUUCAUGGGAUGGUGCCCAAAUGCCCUCAUGAAGGCUGUAAAUCAGAGCUUGUUGUUGACAGCUGCAGAAAGUUCUUGCCGCCCAAGUCAAUUGAGACCAUGAGCCAACGCAUUAAGGAAGCUUCAAUUCCUGUUGCAGACAAAGUUUAUUGCCCAAAUCCAAGGUGCUCAGAAUUAAUGUCAAAAAGUGACAUUUUGGAAUAUAGCAAAGAUUUUCUGGAUGUUGAACGAUCUGGAGCCAGGAAAUGUGUAAAAUGCCAUGGCCUGUUUUGUAUUGAUUGCAAUGUCUCUUGGCACAGUAACAUGACAUGUUUUACCUUCAAAAGUUUGAAUCCUCAUCCCCCUGCAGAAGAUGUAAAGCUGAAGUCUCUUGCUACAAGGAAUCUUUGGCGCCAGUGUGUUAAAUGCAACCAUAUGAUUGAACUUGCUGAAGGUUGCUACCACAUGACUUGCAGGUGUGGGUAUGAAUUCUGCUACAAUUGUGGAGCUGAGUGGAAGAACAAGAGAGCGAUGUGUUCUUGUCCACUUUGGGAUGAGGAUCACAUUUGGCUUGAACAGGAUAGAGACUUUGAUGAAGACGAUGAGGAUGAAGAUGAAGAUGAUGAGUACUACGACUCUGAUUCUGAUUACUAUUGAACAAAUAUCUUCCCUUCAACCACCCCCCCUCCCCUUUUCCCUCCUCUCUUCUUUUCAACUGCUUGCUCACAAGUCACAAAUUUUUUCAUUUCAUAUUUUAUUAGGGACGAUGAAAGAAAGCAUGAAAAAUGGAUGAGCAAAACAGAAAAGUAAAUUUGAAGGAGACGAUAUUGUAAAAAGCAUUCAUGUUGACUAUUUGACAUAAUUUUGAGAAAGUAUCUUCCGAGCCCACUUUAUGGAGUUGGCCUCUCUCUAGUACGAUUGGCUUGUGAGAGACCCUCUCCAUAGAGUGGACACAUUAUAUAA